AUGCCAUCACCUCUGAUCACUGGAAAUGCGCUUCACUCAUUUGAUAUUCAAGAAAUGAUGGACCAUCCCCAGUUUAGCAAGCGUGUAGCCACGUUAUCAAGAGACAUGUGCACUCUCUGUCUAAAUGAACUUCCCAAUGACACAGGAGUUUAUCAACUGCAAUGCCCAGCAGAUAUUUGCACAUACUAUCUUUGCCAUUCAUGUAUGAAAUGUGUCUUUUCGUUCCAACAUAUCAAAUUUUACCAAUGUUUCAUUUGCCAUACACAAUAUCAGUUAAAGGACGCUGAGAAGAUAUUGAGAAACCGGUUGGUCGCGUUAGAUGAACCUAUUUUACAACGUUCAUUUGAAGCGCUUAUGCAAGAUUUACCCAACCAAUUUAAACCAGAGAUUAUACAAAAGAAAGAACAACAACAGCAGAAAAUUCAACCACUAAAAGGAUUCCAAAGAGUUAUCACGCAGUGUAUUAUGAAUCCCGAUAUGAAUGAAGAACAAGUAGAAGAGGUACGCCAAAGUGUGCCAAAUUUAUCAGAGUUCCUUGAAGAGCAAAUGAGCGAAAGCAUUGAUGUUGAAGAAACGAGACCGAUCUUAUCUUCUACAUGUACUCCAGCAGUUAUUCCUCGCGAAAGCACCAACGAAGGACAAGUAGAAACAGCAACCGUCAAUAAAACUAUAUGGUCUGCCAUAUGUGAGAUUUGCUUUAAUAUAUGGCAUAGCAUCAAGAGUUUCACUCGAUUCGUUGGAAACCUCAUCGCCAGUGUAUGUAUGUCACUCUAUCGAUACUUACGGUACUGUCCAAAUUCUUUACGUACAGUGCUAAAGCAACAGAUAGAUAAAAUCAAUCACUAUUUUGCGCACUCACACAUUCAAUAA